CCCGGGCCCGGCCGUGCCCCGCGUCGCGCUCCCCCGGGAUGGCCCGCGCGCCUCGGCGCUGCCUCGCGGAGCACACGGCGGAGCGGCGGCGGCCGCGCUCGGGGGGCGCGCGGCUGCGGCGGCGGCGGCGCGGCGCGUGAGGGGCCGCCUGGGGCCGAGCGGGCGCCGCCAACAUGUCGGAUACGAAGGUAAAAGUUGCCGUCCGGGUCCGGCCCAUGAACCGGCGAGAACUGGAACUGAACACCAAGUGCGUGGUGGAGAUGGAAGGGAAUCAAACGGUCCUGCACCCUCCUCCUUCUAACACCAAACAGGGAGAAAGGAAACCUCCCAAGGUAUUUGCCUUCGAUUAUUGCUUUUGGUCCAUGGAUGAAUCUAACACUACAAAAUAUGCUGGUCAAGAAGUGGUUUUCAAGUGCCUUGGGGAAGGAAUUCUUGAAAAAGCCUUCCAGGGGUAUAAUGCUUGUAUUUUUGCAUAUGGACAGACAGGUUCAGGAAAAUCUUUCUCCAUGAUGGGCAGUGCUGAGCAGCUGGGCCUUAUUCCAAGGCUCUGCUGUGCUUUAUUUAAAAGGAUCUCCCUAGAGCAAAAUGAGUCACAGACCUUUAAAGUCGAAGUAUCCUAUAUGGAAAUUUAUAAUGAGAAAGUUCGGGAUCUUUUAGACCCCAAAGGGAAUAGACAGUCUCUUAAAGUUCGAGAGCAUAAAGUGUUGGGGCCAUAUGUAGAUGGUUUAUCCCAGCUGGCUGUCACUAGUUUUGAGGAUAUUGAGUCAUUGAUGUCUGAGGGAAAUAAGUCUCGGACCGUAGCUGCAACCAACAUGAAUGAAGAAAGUAGCCGCUCCCAUGCUGUGUUCAACAUCAUAAUCACGCAGACGCUUUUUGACCUGCAGUCUGGGAACUCCGGAGAGAAGGUCAGUAAGGUCAGCCUGGUAGACCUGGCGGGUAGCGAGAGAGUGUCCAAAACGGGAGCCGCGGGAGAGCGACUGAAAGAAGGCAGCAACAUUAACAAAUCCCUUACAACCUUGGGGCUGGUUAUAUCCUCGCUGGCUGACCAGGCAGCUGGCAAGGGUAAAAACAAAUUUGUGCCUUAUCGAGAUUCAGUGCUCACUUGGCUUCUUAAGGAUAACUUGGGGGGCAACAGCCAGACCUCUAUGAUAGCCACCAUUAGCCCAGCGGCAGACAACUAUGAGGAGACCCUCUCCACCCUGCGAUACGCGGAUAGAGCCAAAAGGAUCGUUAACCACGCCAUUGUGAACGAGGACCCCAAUGCCAAAGUCAUCCGGGAGCUGCGGGAGGAGGUAGAGAAACUGAAGGAGCAGCUCUCGCAGGCUGAGGCUAUGAAGGCCCCUGAACUAAAAGAGAAGCUUGAAGAAUCUGAAAAGCUGAUCAAAGAACUAACAGUGACUUGGGAAGAGAAGCUGAGGAAAACAGAAGAAAUCGCACAGGAGAGACAACGACAGCUUGAAAGUAUGGGGAUUUCCCUGGAGACAUCGGGUAUCAAGGUGGGAGAUGAUAAGUGCUACUUAGUCAACCUGAACGCGGACCCUGCUCUUAACGAGCUUCUGGUUUAUUAUUUAAAGGACCAUACCAGGGUGGGUGCAGACACGUCCCAGGACAUCCAGCUCUUUGGCAUAGGAAUACAGCCGGAGCACUGUGAGAUCGACAUCGCAUCCGAUGGUGAUGUUACUCUCACUCCAAAAGAAAAUUCAAGGUCCUGUGUAAAUGGCACCCUUGUGUGCAGCACUACCCAGCUGUGGCACGGUGAUAGAAUCCUGUGGGGAAAUAACCACUUUUUUAGAAUUAACUUACCUAAGAGGAAACGGCGAGACUGGUUGAAAGACUUUGAAAAGGAAACCGGCCCGCCAGAGCAUGACCUGGACGCAGCCAGUGAAGCUUCCUCGGAACCAGACUAUAACUAUGAAUUUGCACAGAUGGAGGUUAUCAUGAAAACACUGAACAGCAAUGGUGGUUUCCCGAUAAUAAGCCUGUCUGCCUGGUGGUCGUCCCCCUGGUGGUCGUAUUUGAAGAUUCUCUUCCCUCUCAUGUGGUUUCAGACGAAGCUCCUUCACAAACACUGGGAAAGAGAUCCAGUGCAAAAUGUGGUUCAGGUCCUGGAGAAACAGUACCUGGAAGAAAAGCGGAGCGCCCUGGAGGAGCAGCGGCUCAUGUAUGAGCGGGAGCUGGAGCGGCUCCGCCAGCAGCUGUCCCCGGAGCGCCAGCCCCAGAGCAGCGGCCCCGACCGCCUGGCCUACAGCAACCAGACGGCUCAGCAGAAGGUGACCCAGUGGGCAGAGGAGAGGGAUGAGCUCUUCCGCCAAAGCUUGGCAAAACUUCGCGAGCAGCUUGUGAAAGCCAAUACCUUGGUAAGGGAGGCAAACUUCUUAGCUGAGGAAAUGAGCAAACUCACUGACUACCAGGUGACUCUGCAGAUCCCUGCUGCAAACCUCAGUGCCAACAGAAAGAGAGGAGCAAUCGUGAGUGAGCCAGCUAUCCAAGUGCGGAGGAAAGGAAAGAGCACCCAAGUUUGGACCAUCGAGAAGCUGGAGAAUAAAUUAAUUGAUAUGAGAGACCUUUAUCAAGAAUGGAAGGAAAAAAUUCCUGAGGCAAAGCGUCUCUAUGGGAAACGAGGUGACCCUUUCUAUGAAGCCCAAGAGAAUCACAACCUAAUUGGUGUGGCUAAUGUGUUCUUGGAGUGUCUCUUCUAUGAUGUGAAACUUCAGUAUGCAGUUCCUAUCAUCAGCCAGCAGGGGGAGGUUGCAGGGCGCCUCCAUGUGGAAGUCAUGCGAAUUACAGGGGCCGUCCCGGAGCGCGUGGUGGAGGAUGACUCUUCUGAGAACUCCAGCGAAGGUGGGAGCCUUGAGGUCACGGACAUCAGCGGGGAGACUGUUCACCGAGUCAAGAAGCUGACUUGCCGGGUAAAAAUUAAAGAGGCAACCGGGCUGCCCUUAAGCCUCUCAAAUUUUGUCUUCUGUCAAUACACAUUCUGGGACCAGUGUGAAUCCACAGUGGCGGCCCCAGUGGUGGACCCCGAGGUGCCUUCCCCCCAGUCCAGGGACGCCCAGUACACUGUGACGUUCUCUCACUGUAAGGACUACGUGGUGACCGUGACAGAAGAGCUCCUGGAGUUCCUGUCAGAUGGAGCCCUGGCCAUUGAGGUGUGGGGCCACCGCUGCGCUGGGAACGGCAGCUCCAUCUGGGAAGUCGACUCUCUUCAUGCGAAGACAAGAACGUUGCAUGACAGGUGGAAUGAGGUAACUCGAAGAGUAGAAAUGUGGAUUUCCAUAUUGGAAUUGAACGAGCUAGGGGAAUACGCUGCAGUGGAACUCCACCAGGCCAAAGAUGUCAACACAGGGGGCAUCUUUCAACUCAGACAGGGUCAUUCCCGGAGGGUACAAGUCACAGUGAAACCGGUGCAGCAUUCAGGGACACUGCCGCUCAUGGUGGAAGCCAUCUUGUCUGUGUCCAUUGGCUGUGUCACUGCCCGGUCCACCAAGCUGCAGAGAGGGCUGGACAGUUACCAGAGAGAUGAUGAGGAUGGUGAUGAUAUGGAUAGUUAUCAGGAAGAAGACUUAAACUCUGUGAGGGAAAGGUGGUCCGACGCACUCAUCAAACGACGAGAAUACUUAGAUGAACAGAUUAAAAAAGUCAGCAAUAAAAAAGAGAAGACAGAGGACGACGUGGAGCGGGAGGCCCGGCUUGUGGAGCAGUGGGUGGGACUGACGGAGGAAAGAAACGCCGUGCUGGUGCCUGCACCGGGCAGCGGGGUCCCUGGGGCGCCCGCUCACUGGAUCCCACCACCUGGAAUGGAAACCCACAUCCCGGUUCUCUUCCUUGAUUUGAAUGCGGAUGACCUCAGUGCCAACGAGCAGCUCGUGGGCCCCCACGCGUCCGGUGUGAACUCCAUCCUGCCCAAGGAGCACGGCAGCCAGUUUUUCUACCUGCCCAUCAUAAAGCACAGCGACGAGGAGGUUUCAGCCACAGCCUCUUGGGACUCCUCAGUGCAUGAUUCCGUUCACCUGAAUAGGGUCACGCCGCAGAAUGAAAGGAUUUACCUCAUAGUGAAAACCACGGUGCAGCUCAGCCACCCAGCUGCUAUGGAGUUAGUAUUACGAAAACGGAUUGCGGCCAAUAUUUACAACAAACAGAGUUUCACCCAGAGUUUGAAGAGGAGAAUAUCGUUGAAGAAUAUACUUUAUUCCUGUGGUGUCACCUAUGAAUUAGUAUCCAAUAUACCAAAGGCAACAGAAGAGAUUGAGGACCGGGAAACACUGGCUCUCAUGGCAGCAAGGAGUGAAAACGAGGGCACUUCUGAUGGGGAGACCUACAUUGAGAAGUACACGCGAGGCGUGCUGCAGGUGGAGAACAUUCUGAGUCUUGAACGGCUCCGGCAGGCGGUCACAGUCAAAGAAGCACUGUCCACGAAAGCUCGGCAUCUCCGGAGGAGCCUAAGCACGCCAAACGUUCACAAUGUCUCCUCCAGCCGACCAGACCUUUCCGGCUUUGAUGAAGAUGAUAAGGGUUGGUUAGAGAACCAAUUAGACAUGUCUAACUACAGCUCCAGUUACCAAGAUAUAGCCUGUUAUGGAACUUUACCCAGGGAUUCGCCUCGAAGGAGUAAAGAAAGUAGUGGUUGUACAUCCGAGAACCCUCACGCCUUAACAGUCAGUCCUUUUAAAGCAUUCUCUCCCCAGCCGCCAAAGUUUUUCAAACCCCUGAUGCCUGUAAAAGAGGAGCAUAAGAAAAGGAUAGCUCUUGAAGCGAGGCCUCUUCUAAGCCAGGAGAGCAUGCCUCCACCUCAGCCACAUAACCCUGGCUGCAUUGUGCCCUCGGGAAGCAAUGGCAGCAACAUGCUACUAGAGCACAAUAGCAAACGUGAGAAGAAGAUUAUUCUGAAGUUAAUCUACCUAGAGGAGUUGCACUUACUUGCAGACUCUGAGGAGGAGGAAAAUGAUCUGGAAGCUCUUAACAGGAAGCUGAUAAGUUCACAGCCUUACGUGCCCGUGGAGUUUGCAGACUUCAGUGUUUACAAUGCCAGCUUGGAGAACAGGGAGUGGUUUUCUUCGAAAGUAGAUUUGGUGAACUCAAGGGUCCUGGAGAAAGAAGUGUCCCGUAGCCCUACCACCAGCAGUAUUACCAGCGGCUACUUUUCCCACAGUGCCUCCAACGCCACUCUGUCCGACAUGGCGGUCCCUUCCAGUGACAGCUCGGACCAGCUAGCCAUUCAGACAAAGGAUACAGACUCCAGUGAGCAUUACGGACCGUCCCUUGGGCAUGAUUUCAGACCGUCCUCAAACAAAGAGUUGACAGAACUAGAAAGAGGCUUGCUUAAAGAGAAGAUAAUUAUGGUGCCACUCAAGGAAAACAGUGCCUUAGCCAAAGGGAGCCCAUCACCCCAAAGCAUCCCUGAGAAAAACUCCAAAUCCCUCUGUAGGACUGGCUCCUGUUCAGGGCAGGAUGCCUGCUCCAGCCGAAAUGGCCAACCAGUCAGAGAAUUUUGCCCCAGGGAAGUGACCAUAGAGCACACCACAGAUAUCCUUGAGGACCAUUCUUUCACAGAGUUUAUGGGUGUGUCCGAUGGGAAAGAUUUUGACGGAUUGACGGAUUCUUCUGGAGAGCUUUCAAGUAGAAGAAACCUACCCAAUAAAAUGGACAGGAAGAGUAUCUCAGAUGGGCCGCAGGGCCCUGCCCAGCUGCAUUCCUCAGCAGAGAAUGAACAGGGCAGCGCGAGCACUCGGUGAAAGCAGCCAGCGCCUCCCCGCAGGCCACAGCAUCUUCGUUGCGGUCUGCCUCGUGAAAGCACCAGCCCCAUCUGUAAAACAUGCUGCGGCCCAGCCGGGGACCCCAGACCAGCGUGGAGAAGCCAAGCGCUUCGUGGGCCACCUGCCUUCUCCUCCCGAGCUGGGAGAAGCUGGCACUUUGUCACUCGGGGGAAUCGGCAGCCUCUGCUUUUUCCAGAAAGCCAGAGAACCGAAAAUCCUGGAUUGAAUUAAGUGGCAGUAUUUUUGUUUGCACUUAUUACUACACACACCCACUGUGUAGAAACCUCCACAGAUUCAAGCGAACUUUAUUCUUGUACAAUUUUAAUCAGUUCUUACUGUAGAAUCUGGAGUCCAUGCUGUUUUUUUUUUUAUAAAUAAUAUAUAUGAUGUAUAUGAAAUGUAUAUCUAUAGUAUGUCUGUUUGGAGACAGACAAGACUGCACACGAAAAUGCAGAUAUGAGUGGUUUCUAGAAAAUCAUAAGGUACUGGAUUUGGUUACAAAACCACUUAGGUAAUCUCUUAUACAUGAGCAGAUGAAAAAGACCUGAUUGCCUAAGAAUGAGGUUGCGAAUCCCUCUCUGCAGAAAAGGUUACAGAAUGCCGUUCUUUACAACCAAAGAACUUACAUAAGACUGAACGUUUUUGCUGUCCCCUCGUUUUAUGUGUACAUAUAUGUCUGACUGUGAGUUUGGUGCCACACUCCUCUUGGCUACCAGGCCACAUGUAGCUGUUCUGUGUCCUGUUUCAUAAAGCACACUGAAAAAUCUCACAGCUAUAUUCUUUAGUCUUCCACCGGGUCACCACCUACUGGUGUGACGUUGUAGGCUAACUGUUGACAACGCCUGGGGCUCCGACUCCAGCCUUCCUUACCCCAGGGUUGUGGUUCGGCCUGGCCGGCAGGGGGAAUUCAGAGAGCAGUAUUACUGUUAAGAGAACACAAGGACAUGCCUGGAGUUGGGUUUGGGGAGGGGAGGGGAUGUUGAUUUUUGUCUUUUUGUGGUUUUUCGUUUUGGAUCGGUAGCUUUCGUCGUGUGGUUUUGCUGUUGUUAAUUUUACUUAAAUUCUGGGAAACACUGAAGGCAUGGGAUGAGCUAUUAAGUUCACAGGUGCCCGCUUCACCGUGCUCGCAGCAGAUGAUAGAAUGCAGGUGAUCCUGCUGUCCACGUCUUCAUUGGCAGGGUUCUCCUGGUAACGGAGACGUCGAAGGAUUACGCAUGUGGAAAUUUUUACAGAAGUACUUUUUGCGCUCGUUCUGUAGAUGCCUGGAAAAUCGGUGUGGAUGUACAGCAAUAAAUGUGUUGUGGGAGAGAGAGAAUGUGUACAUUCUCUAAGUUUUUCUUUUCAGUUCUUAGCAUCAGUCAAUGAGUAAGAUUUUGGAGACUUUAAUGAAAAGCUGCUGUUGAUGACUUUUGUGUAUAGUGAGCCGACUGUAGUAUUCUACUAUUGUCUGUUUAAAAAGAAAAAGAACUGUAAUUUAUAUCCCCUUUCAACUUUAUUGUAUUUAAUUGGUACAGAUUGUGUGUGUGUGUCUGUGUGUGCGUGUGUGUGUUAGAAUACAGACUGUCUAAUUCAGAUUUUAAAA